AUGGCGGUUUUAUUUAACAGAUUUUGCUUUGCAUUAUUAAGUCAUUCACCACCUGAAGGUUAUCCACCAACAAUAUUUGAAUCAGCACGUAGAGUUUUACUUCAAUUACAUUCGAUAGACACGCGUCGUCCAUUUUCUGAAGAAAAUAUUUGGUUACUAAUUAAAGAUCCAAAGAAAUCUUUACCAAAAUCGCUGAAAGACCUUUUCAAAAAAUCCAUGUCAAGUACCAAUCAUGAUAAAGAUCUUAUGGGAAUGUCGUUUUUGGAUCGAAUCCGUGAUAAUGAUCCUACGUCGAUUAAAAUUCUUAAUUUAUUACCGCAUACAAUUCCGUUUGAAACGAGAUUAGAAAUUUUUCGUGAUUAUUUGAAAGAUGGUAUCCCAAAUAUUUUAAAUACAGAAAAUAUGAUUAAAGUUAGGAGAGCUCAUGUGUUGGAUGAUGGAUAUAAACAUUUGGGUGGAUUAACUCCGAUGCGAACAAAAGGAAGGAUUCGCGUAAAGUUUGUAAACGAAACUGGUGCUGAGGAAGAUGGUGUUGAUCAAGGAGGUCCAUUUAAAGAAUUCAUAACGCAGCUUAUCGCUGAAGCAUUUGAUCCAUCUUGUGGUUUAUUUGCUGUAACUCCUAAUAGUUCAUUGCUUUAUCCAAAUCAUCAAAAUACUUUAACAAAGAUUACAUUAUAUUCGUUUUUGGGUAAAAUGAUCGCAAGAGCGAUACAGGAAGGUAUUUUAGUUGACGUACAAUUUGCUGGAUUUUUCCUAAGUAAAAUGGCCGGUAGAGCUGUUUUUCUGGAAGAUUUAAUUGGAUUGGACGAUGAUUUAUUGAAAAAUUUAAGAAUUUUAAAAAGAUAUGAUGGAAAUGUUGAGGACUUGGGAUUAUAUUUUGCAAUUGAUGAAGAAUGUAAUGGGAAAAUCGUUUCAAAAGAACUCAGAACGGGUGGAUCACACAUGCCUGUUAAUAAUGACAAUAGGAUUCAGGCAAAAGAACAAACCAAGGCAUUCAUUAAUGGUUUUCAAUCUAUGAUACCCGAAAAUUGGCUAAGAAUGUUUUCACCACUAGAACUACAACGUGUUCUUUCCGGGGAAGAUGUUGAUUGGGACAUUUCUGAUCUGCGUAAAUAUACGGUAUAUCAGAAUGGAUACUUCGACCAACAUCGAAGUAUAAGGCACUUUUGGUCUAUAUUAGAAGAGAUGAAAUCAAAUGAUAAAAGCGCAUUUCUUAAAUUUGUUACGAGUUGUUCCAAGCCUCCCCUUGGUGGAUUUAAAUAUCUUCAACCACAAUUUACGAUUCGUAUGAUUCCAAGUGAUCACGAUUCAUCUGUAGAAAAUAGCAAUUUUUCACGUUCAAGAUUAAGUAUGGGACAAGUUAAAUCUUUAUUUUCUUCAAUUGGAAAUUCAAAAUCCGCCUCAAAGGAGAGGCUACCAAUGAGUUCAACAUGGAAAAGGGGAGUUAAGGAGUUUGCCUAUGGCCAAAUAACUCAGUUUCCAGUCUAUCCAGCUUUAUUUUCCUGUGAAGAAAUUGUCAAAGCGGUCUAUCCGGCUUUAUUUUCCUGUGAAGAAAUUGUCAAAGCGGGUAAUGAUGGACCUGUG